GGUGGUCCCAGGCAAAUGGGUCCUGAGUUGUUUAGGGCUUUGUUCAUUUGGAUCGUUGCUUCCAGGGGAUCAGCUACUGGCUUCCACCUGCCAAAAGGUAGUCCCUCCCCGUUUCAGGCUACAGAUGACUACCUCUGGAUAGGCAUCUUUGCUUACCUGAACUAUCAUGUUCCUCGGACAAGACGGGAGAUUCUGGACACCCUUAUUAAGGGACUUCAGAGACUGGAAUACAGAGGAUAUGACUCUGCGGGAGUCGGUAUUGAUGGAGGUAAUGAUAAAGACUGGGAGGCCAAUGCUGGCAAAAUUGCACUCAUCAAAAAGAAGGGGAAAGUGAAGGCGUUGGAUGAAGAAGUGAACAAGCAGCAGGAUAUGGACCUGGACAUUGAAUUCGAUGUGCAUCUUGGGAUCGCUCACACGCGAUGGGCCACCCAUGGCGAGCCUAACCCCGUCAACAGCCAUCCGCAGCGCUCCGAUAAGAACAACGAAUUCAUCGUCAUCCACAAUGGUAUCAUCACCAACUACAAAGACCUGAAGAAGUUCCUGGAGAGCAAAGGCUAUGAAUUUGAGUCUGAGACGGAUACGGAAACGAUUGCCAAGCUCGUCAAGUACAUGUAUGACAACCGUGAAAGUGACGGCAUCAGCUUCACCACCUUGGUGGAAAGAGUCAUCCAGCAACUGGAAGGUGCAUUCGCCCUUGUAUUCAAAAGUGUCCAUUAUCGUGGUCAAGCAGUUGGCACCAGGCGAGGAAGCCCCCUCCUCAUCGGUGUGCGGAGCGAACACAAGCUCUCUACUGACCACAUUCCAAUACUCUACAGGACAGCAACACAACCUAUGGAUCAUUCUUUUGAUGGCCUAUCCAUAAAACUGGAGGAAGGCAAGGACAAGAAGGGCAGCUGCAGCCUGGCCCGCGUGGACAGCACCACGUGCCUCUUUCCUGUCGAAGAGAAGGCGGUGGAGUACUACUUCGCCUCGGACGCCAGCGCCGUUAUCGAGCACACCAACAGGGUGAUUUUCCUCGAGGACGACGAUGUGGCCGCCGUGGUGGACGGCCGCCUCUCCAUCCAUCGCAUCAAGCGCACGGCCGGGGACCACCCUGGGCGCGCGGUGCAGACCUUGCAGAUGGAGCUGCAGCAGAUCAUGAAGGGUAACUUCAGUUCAUUCAUGCAGAAGGAGAUUUUUGAACAACCCGAAUCCGUUGUUAACACGAUGAGAGGGAGAGUCAACUUUGAUGACUACACCGUCAACCUUGGGGGCUUGAAGGACCACAUCAAGGAGAUCCAGAGGUGCCGGCGUCUCAUCCUCAUCGCUUGUGGGACAAGUUACCACGCCGGAGUCGCCACGCGCCAAGUGUUGGAAGAACUGACGGAGCUGCCUGUGAUGGUUGAACUAGCCAGCGACUUUUUGGACAGGAACACGCCUGUCUUCAGAGACGACGUGUGCUUCUUCAUCAGUCAGUCAGGUGAAACUGCAGACACUCUCAUGGCCCUUCGGUACUGCAAGGAGAGAGGCGCCCUCACGGUGGGGAUCACCAACACCGUGGGCAGCUCGAUAUCUCGGGAGACAGACUGCGGGGUGCAUAUCAACGCGGGACCCGAGAUCGGGGUGGCCAGCACCAAGGCCUACACAAGCCAGUUUGUUUCCCUAGUGAUGUUUGCACUCAUGAUGUGCGACGACAGAAUUUCCAUGCAAGAAAGGCGGAAAGAAAUAAUGCGAGGCCUCAAGCUGCUGCCAGAUCUGAUUAAGGAAGUGCUGAGCAUGGACGACGAGAUCCAGAAGCUGGCCACGGAGCUCUACCACCAGAAGUCGGUCCUCAUCAUGGGGCGCGGGUACCACUAUGCGACAUGCCUGGAGGGUGCUCUGAAAAUCAAAGAGAUCACGUACAUGCACUCGGAAGGCAUCCUGGCCGGCGAGCUGAAGCACGGGCCCCUGGCUCUGGUGGACAAGCUCAUGCCUGUCAUCAUGAUCAUCAUGCGGGACAACACCUACGCCAAGUGCCAGAACGCGCUGCAGCAGGUGAUCGCGCGGCAGGGGCGGCCUGUCGUGAUCUGCGACAAGGAGGACAUUGAGACCAUCAGGAACAGCAAGCGCACGAUCAAGGUCCCGCACUCGGUGGACUGCCUGCAGGGCAUCCUGAGCGUCAUCCCGCUGCAGCUGCUGGCCUUCCACCUGGCCGUCCUCAGGGGCUACGACGUUGAUUUUCCAAGAAAUCUGGCCAAAUCUGUCACAGUUGAGUAGAAUACUGAAGAAGAGACUCUCUCUUUUGAUACUGGCCGAUGUUGAUUUUAAACAAAGCUCUCCCUUGAUCAAAUCUGAAUUCGUAUGUACCGGUCUUCACCACUCGGGUGUGUUUGUGACAGGGCCUGUGCCUGCAGCAUUGUUAAGUGACACUCAUUUCGAAGUAUAGUUUUUUCUCUAAAAAUUAAUGAUGCUCUGCUGUCUAGCUUGAUUGUUUCAGGUUUCCCUCGUGCUGUUUUGCAUCACUUCCUAAUUAUCCAUAGAUGUUCAGAUGAUAAAAUCGUUCCAGAAACGAACUGGGAAACGAGGUAGCCCCAGAGCUCUGUGCUCUUCUUGGAAAAGCAGCCUUCUCCCAUUUCAGCGGGACUUUCAUUGUUGCCAGAAUGUGCCACCCACAGAGAAUUUCCGGGCUCGAAGGGGGCUAGUUAUCUAGUGGGUUCCUACACCCCCCAACAGUAAAAGCGUGUGCCGUUGGCCAGCUGAGGCACCGAGGUGCUGGUCCCCUGGCCUGGAGCCCUCCAGCCUUCGCAGCUCUGUGUGGGCUCCAUUUCUGAGACCGGUUCCACUCCUGGGAAAGCGCUGAAAGGAAGCUCUGCUUGGUUGGUCCUGCAGAGGCUAGACAUGAGACGGGGGGCCUGCUUCCUCUCCUAUCUUUGAGGGGGAGAGCCACCAUCUUCGGCCUUCGCUUUGUUGUAUUCCUGUGCGGUGGGAAGAUGAGGCCUUCCCAGAACUGGGGCAAGCUUGGCCUCUCCCACAGCAAAGUAAGGGCAAAGCCGCCAUGUGCACGGGGGUCAAAGGAGCGCAAGGGCAACACCAGGUUUUCUUACCAGAGGAGGAAGGGGGGGAGAGCCCUUCAGCUCUCAUGUGCUCGGGUAAGGAGCACAGACAUGGAACACCGGCCGAAAGGGUAGUCCCCAAACUGGCGAGCAUCUUGCAUGCAGAACCAGCACAGACAAUUCCAUUUCCAUUUUCUCGGAAGCAUUGCUCUGCAGUGAAUUCUCCUUCCUGCCCAAAUCUACGGGAGCAGUUCAAGCGGGAGAAAUGGCCUGGAAGCAAACGCCCCGCCCUGCCUCCAUACAAACCGUGAUGGCGGCCAGGUGCUUCUUUUCGACUGACCAUGAAAUAAGAGUAGCGGUUAGCAUCUGGGCAGGCAGUGGGCGUAGUCCUGAGCUCAGAGGUGGAAGAGGCAGGUGGGUGUCUGUCUUUGCAUGCUGUAUGCAAAAGCUUUUUCCCACUCCAAAAAGCACCCCUUUUGGCAGCUGCACGGAUGGGGCGGCACCUGUGCAAACAGGCAUUGCCAGACCAGAAUGGGGGACAGUGCUAAAAAGGAGGCUUAUCGCCCCCCCCCCCAGUAAUGCAGGAAGAACUUGCCCCCUCCCUCUGCGCAGCAGUUACUUUAGCUAAAUCUGGCUCUGUGCUACUGGGUCUCUAAAACGGGGGGAGGCAGCGAAAGGGCAGCCCGGGGGUUGUCUGCGUGGCCGGCAAGUGAGUGGGUGGUGGGGCCAUUCCCCCCACGUGUACAUUUUCCCCCUAGGAAGCUUCAGGGCAAAACCAGGGCAAGGCAAAUAAUUAAUUUGCUAAUAAAUAAUUAGCUGUAAUUAGCCACUUCCCAGCUUUAAACAGACAUGCGCUGCCUGAGAGUUUCCUGAUCUGGAAAAAGAUCUGCAAAUUCUGAUGUGGAUUUACAGGUUUGAUGGAGCAAGCAGGGUCCGGAAUACUCCACCCGCUCCCUCUUGCUUCUCCGUUUGUCUGAAGUUGUCUUACCCAAGCAGUCGAGGAUUCUCUCUCGCUUUGCAGAGAGCCAGCGAGUAGAAAAACAGCAGCCAUGCAUUCCUUCCAGCAUCAUGUGUAUGCAGGUGAGGCAGGUAGGAGGCUUAAAGAUACUGCAGCAUUUGCACAGUGGGGAAAUAAGAGGGGGGGUCCCGCAGUCAGAGGACCACCGAGGGAGAGCAGCCAUGGCGGGCGCCCGGGCCCAGCGCAUGCCGCACCGUCGCGCAGCUUGGAAAUCCAGGGGCAGCUGCAGGCGCGGGAUCCAGAUUGUCCAAAUCGACGUUCUUGUCCUAGUCGAGGGGGCAGGGUGGGCCUCGAGAGCUGGGAAGGGUGGCUUUCGGCAAGACUAUCGCAGGCCGUGUUGCAAGAGCAGAGUGACCUAAGCUAGAGAAAAUGCAGCUCUAUCAGCGCAGUCAAAUUGAACAUCAACUUACUAACUUCCCCCUGUAAAAACAGGACAAGAAAGUGAUGUGAUGGGGAAGCCAUGGGGAUGUCGGGGUGCGGGCCCUUCCUUUUCCAGUUUGCGGGGCAAAGCGAGCGUCAAGUCACUUUCCCACCUGCCUCGCUGGCCUAGAGCCAGUCUCUGAUUUACGGGCGCCGGGCCGAGGCUUGUGGCAUGUCUUGAACACUCACGUCCAGCUUCUUUUGCACUCAUACGAAAUGUUACCUGCCGGUCAGUUAAAGAUUCAAAGUAACCUACAGUGGAACACUGGAUCGUUGUGAAAUGCUGUGUUGUAAAGAAAACCUUCCUUGCGAAUGUCUGUGUUUCGUCAUGUCAGAGUGAAGGUCCGUCCUCCCACUCGAGCGCCGUCAAGCCCGUGUCUGGGCUGCCAGUGGCGCAGAAAUGGGCCAGGGCCCCUCUUUGGAGGGGCGGUCUGGGGCACUGGGAGGAUGCUGGGGAAGGCGCCAGCCGGGUGGCAGCGGUGCCGCUCGGGACCUUGGGGGCGCCAGCUGCACCGCAUUGAUGGCCGAAAGUGAAGCAAGCUGAUGGAGGAAGGGCCCCAGCCGCCUCCCUUCCUCUUCGAGUGGCCAGCCCAGUGGGGUACCACCUGCUUCGGGUUUUCCGGCCUCCAAAACAAGGCUGAGGGCUGCCUCUGAUGGAAGGAAAAGCAACGUUUGCAUGCGUGUGCGUAAAGCGGGAACUUCUCACUUUGGCAAAUGUCAGUCCUUCCUUUCUCGGCUUGUUUUCCUUUUGAAUGUACAUAACCAACCUGCCUUGGUUUAAGGGACCAUUCUGUACUAGUUUUCCGUGCGCACUACACAGUGCAGAAUUGUAUCAUGUAGGUUAUUUCCUAGAAUCUUUUGUAUUUUGCUCUUUGAAUAAAUGCCCAAACUUACCACGA